UACGAGCGCUGCAUAAUGUCUACGUCAUAUCAAGCUUGCACAGACGUAAUACACCCUUCACUUUUCACUGAGUUUUUUGGUCUGGCCUGUUCAGUUGUGUCGCAGUAUUUCGUGUUUCUUCGACUGUUUUUGAGGAUAACUUUGAUUUCGGGUGUCUUUUUAUGAGUAAUCAAAAGAUUCAGAAGCCAACGCUUACAGGCCAGCGUUUUAAAACUAGGAAGAGAGAUGAAAAGAAGGUGUUUGACCCUACUCAGUUUCAGGAAACCAUUGUACAAGGUUUGAACCAAACUGGCAGUGAUCUGGACGCUGUUGCGAAAUUUCUUGAUGCCUCUGGUGCCAAGCUUGACUACCGCCGCUAUGCUGAGACGCUCUUCGACAUCCUGGUGGCUGGCGGAAUGCUGGCCCCUGGUGGUACCUUGUCAGAUGACUUGACCCGUACGGAGUUCUGUCUGUUUACAGCACAAGAAGACCUGGAGACCAUGCAAGCAUAUGCUCAGGUUUUCAACAAGCUUAUCAGGCGUUACAAGUACCUGGAGAAAGGGUUUGAAGAGGAGAUCAAGAAGUUGCUGCUAUUCCUGAAGGGAUUCACUGAAUCUGAGCGCAACAAGCUGGCCAUGUUGACUGGCAUCCUGCUGGCCAAUGGCAACAUCUCAGCCUCUAUCCUCAACAGCCUCUACAAUGAGAACCUCGUCAAAGAAGGUGUCUCUGCAGCCUUUGCUGUGAAACUUUUCAAAUCCUGGAUCCAUGAGAAAGAUAUCAACUCUGUGGCAGGAAGUCUCCGCAAGGUUGGCAUGGAUAAUAGACUUUUGGAGCUGUUCCCUGCCAACAAGCGGAGCUGUGAGCAUUUCUCUAAGUACUUCACAGACGCCGGUCUCAAAGAGCUGUCAGACUUUGCCAGGAACCAGCAGGCCAUAGGGUCCCGUAAGGAACUUCAGAAGGAUCUCCAGGAACAAAUGGAACGCGGGGACCCUUUCAAAGACAUCAUUGCGUCAGCCAGGGAGGAAAUGAAAAAGAACAACAUCUCAGAGCAGACCAUGAUUGGCAUCGUGUGGACCAGUGUUAUGAGCUAUGUGGAGUGGAACAAGAAAGAGGAACUGGUCACAGAACAAGCCAUCAAGCACUUGAAGCAAUACAGCCCCUUGUUGAAGGCUUUCACAUCCCAGGGAGCCUCUGAGAUCCUGCUGCUCGUGAAGAUGCAGGAGUACUGCUACGACAACAUCCACUUCAUGAACUCCUUCCAGAAGAUUGUGGUGCUGCUCUACAAAGCGGAUGUUUUGAGUGAGGAGGCCAUUCUUAAGUGGUACACAGAGGCCCAUGUUGCCAAAGGAAGGAGUGUGUUCCUGGAACAGAUGAAAAAAUUUGUGGAGUGGCUCAAGAACGCAGAGGAAGAAUCUGAGUCCGAGGAGGACGAGGCUGCUGACUAACGGACCUCAAGCCAAAUCCAAGGCGCGUCAUUUUUUUUAUUUUUUAUAACGUACAGUAGCACCAGGAGCAGUAGAAUGUUCUGUUACAGAAGUGCUUGUCCCCUCCCCCCUUUUCUUUUUUCUACCUCCACUCCAACCAUGAUGUAUAGAUGUAAGGGCUUUUACAUUCUGUUCAUUCUAAAACUAAUAAAGUUUACACUUGUGGAUAGCAUGAAUCAUGAAUAGUCUCCCUUGAAAUUCUUAAUGAUUCUUCAUUUGAAGGGAAAGACAUGUUGCCACAUUUAACCCCCUAAGGUCGAUGUCUGCACCUCUGCAGAAAUGUAAUUGUCAUAUUAAUAAAAAAAAUCCCCAUAGAAACCUGUCAGUUUAAGCUGGGGGGGGGGGGGGGGGGGGUCACUAUCUGUUCCAUGUAGUGAAUCUGUUAUUCAAUGCGUUUACGUAUGGGCUAAUGACAGUAAGGCCGAAUUUAAAUGUUUCAUUAAAUCAUUUUACAUGAUUUUGUUUUUGAUACUUCAAGUGAUCUUCAAAAUCAAAUGGCAAAAUUAUCAUUAUCACCUUAAAGCAAUUUCAUAUAGAUUAGAUUUAAUAUUGGUUGUUUUUAUAAUUUCUUUACACUAUCAAUUAGUCUUUUUAAAAUAAAGUUUAGUACUGGUA